AUGGCCGAACUCGCACAAGAUGAUCUACAGAAUCAAUUCUACGUACUAGUAACCGGCGCAAACAGCGGCCUCGGCCUCGCCAUCUGCGCCCGUCUAAUAACGGACUUCCUCACCACGCACCCAUCAACCCACCACCUAACCAUAAUCUUCACGACCCGGAGCCCCAAAAAAGCCUCCUCGACCCUCCACCACCUCCAAACCCUCCUCCCACCUAUAUCCUCCCCCACUCAAUCCUCCAGAAUAACCCUCCACCCCGAAACCGUCGACCUCUCCUCCCUCCCCUCCGUCCGCGCCCUCUCCCAGCGACUCACAACCACCAUCCCUAAACUCGACUCCAUCGUCCUCAACGCCGGCAUCGGCGGCUGGACAGGGAUCGACUGGCCGCGCGCAAUCUGGGGAACCCUCACAGACCUCGUACAUAGUGUAUCGUGGUUCGCGCACAAGAUAGCCCCCGUGGGGAUGAUCACCCCUCCUCAAACUACACAGCCUUCGGAGCCGCGGCUGGGAAGCGUCUUCACGGCGAACGUAUUCGGACACUACAUGCUCUCGCAUAACGUCAUGGGCCUACUGCGGAAAUCCACCCAGCCGGGACGAGUAAUCUGGGUAUCGAGUAUCGAGGCCACCGUGAACCAUUUCAAUGUCGAUGAUAUCCAGGGACUGAGGACGAAGGUGCCUUAUGAGAGUUCGAAGACACUUACGGAUAUUCUCGCGCUCACGGCCGAUAAUGGGGAGAAGGGUGAAGGGGAUGGUGAAGGUACACGCCCACGCAUGUACCUCUCGCACCCUGGUGUCUGCGGAACUGGGAUCCUGCCGCUGGCGCUCCCGCUGUUCUGGGCGAUGAUCGCGUCGUUUUAUAUUGCGCGGUUGCUGGGAUCGCCGUGGCAUACGCUGUCGACGUAUGCGGGGGCGUGUGCGCCGACGUGGUUGGCUGUGAGUCGGCAGGAUGAGCUGGACGCUGCGGAGGAGGUGUAUCGGGCUCAUGGUGGGGGGAAGGUUAAAUGGGGGUCGUCGUGUGAUCGGUUGGGGAGGGAUAAGGCUGUUUCGACAGAGGUGGAUGGGUGGGGACAUGGGGGCGUGGUUGGGGAGGCGGUGGUGAUGGAGGAUCGGUGUCGGAGGAGGAAGCGCGGGGCGAAGGAUUUGACGGCGGAGGAGAAGGUCGAGUUUGAGGAGUUAGGAAGGAAGUGUUGGCAGGGGAUGGAGGAGUUGAGGGUGCAGUGGGAGGAGAUCUUGGAGAGGGAAGAAAGGGAGGGCGGUGCUGCUUAG